UUGAUGUUGGUAUUAGAAAUAUCAUUUGUGAACUUAUUAAUUGAUUUAUUAUUUGAAUUUUAUGUGCAUUAUAUAUGUAUAUAUAUGUAUGAACUUAGUUACAUUAUGGACUUUAUUAAUUUAUAGACCAAAAAGAUUAUGAUGAAAUGAAUAUAAUGUACUUGUAUGGGUAUGAAGUUGAUGAUGAUGUUGAUUUUGUUUGUAUUCAUGUAAAAAUGACAUCAUUUCGCGUCACUAUAGUAUGUUUUUGGAAUAGUUGUAUUCCAGAAAGUAGUGGCAAAGUUCAUUAUGUUGGGAGAAGACGUAGGUUGUUUGCAUGCCACUCGAACAUGGAUUUGAAUCAGUUUAAACGUUUUAUAUGUUUUAAGAUUGGAUUGGAACCCACUAAAAGUACCGUAAAUAUAAGCUUUAAAUAUGACAUGAGUGGAGAAUUGCUAGCCUUUCCUGUUGAGGAUGAUGAGGCUAUAAAUGCUAUGUGGGAGCAUUCAAAGUCCACACAAAUUCUCUCUUUGGAGUUAUACGUAGAAAAAGUACCCUUAGGGAAUGUGGUUGCUUCUAAUCCUACUCCUACCCUUAUGCCUAUAUCAACUGAGGAAACUGUAAAUCAUUUCGUUCCUUUUGCAAAUUGUACUCUUUCUCAACCCCUAGUUCCAAUUGAUUCAAUGGUUAACUUAGGAGAAAGUGAUGAGAUGGGACCUUGGGAUGAUGGAAAUGAGAGUAAUGAGCUCAUUGACGAUCCUUCUGAGGAUGAUGUGUAUGUCGAUGAGGAUGCACUAGCAAAUGACAUAACCCUAGGCAACAUUCCUACAAUCAUUCCUCCAACACCUUACCUUUGACAACACUUGUUGAAUUUAGCUUCUAUCGGGUAAACAAUUAUUUUGUUACGUGAACGUGCUAAUGCAUGGUUACUUGGAGGACACAUGUGCACAUUACAUGCCACCAAGAUUAUCAAUAGAAACACCGAGAAGGAAAAUUUCCAUGACAUAAUCGCCUUUGACUAUAAAAGAGGUGUAUUUGAAAUUAAGACUGGGAGGGGAAAUAGAGGAUCGUCUAAGGGGGGUAAGAUUCAACAUGAGGACUUGAAUCAAAUGAAGUGCACAUGUAACAAACUUGAGAUAUACCACCAACCUUGUUCACAUGUACUUGUUGUUUGCAUCAAACGACACCUUUCAUAUAAGCAGUUUGUGGAUCCGUGCUAUACUUCUCAAAGUUAUGCAAGUACAUACGAACAUUACUUUAUGCCAAUGAUCGAUAAGAGGUCAUGGCCUUAAUACACAGGCUUUGAACUUAGACAUGAUCCCGAUAAAAUUCGUGGUAAAGGAGGGUCUAAGUCUAAGAGAAUUGCAAACGAAAUGGAUGAGGGAAAAACGAAACGCAAUAGUUGUCGUCGUUGUGGGAGUGAUACUCUAUAACAUAUAGAUGCCAAAUAUAAUGUUAAACUUACAACACAAAUAUAUGAUACAUAAUUACAUAAUAGUAAUAUUAACUAAAAUUACUGCGAACACAGUAGUAAAGGAGAUGGAUCCAGCAGCUCCAGGACCCCAAGACCCUAGUGUGUUAACUAUGCAGCAAGAGCACAGGAGCACUCCUUUUUGGGAUGCCCAGGUUAGGUGUCCGAUAGUAAUGAUUUGCAUUUUACUAAUGAUAACAUGCAAGUAACUUAUUUAAAUGUCUAUAUUCAUAGAUGUCCAAUACAGACACGUUAGGCACUAGGCAUCCAGAUUUCGUUCCCUGGGUGAUCGAUGAGAGGAUCAUCCUGUACCUUGAGCUCACGAGGUUGUAUGACUUUCAUCUCGUUGCAUACGGUAGAGUUGACCGUGCUAUUAUCACAGCAUUGGUGGAGAGAUGGCGUCAGGAGACGCACACCUUUCAUCUUCCUCUAGGUGAGACUACCAUCACACUGCUUAAUGUAGCCGUAUGAACACAGCUUCCCAUCGAGGGACGUGCCGUGUCUACCGCCGAACGCCAGCUAUCAAGCUGGCGUGACAUGGUUCACCGCAUAUUGGGAGAGCGCCCUUUAGCGGAAGUCAUUAGGGGGAGCGGUUUGCGGUGCACAUGGUUGGUUCAGACCUUCUCGCAUCUCCCCGAAGGUGCUGAUGAGGGCACCAUUUCAAGGUACGCCUUGGCGUACCUCCUAUACUUAAUAGGAGCUGUCUUGUUUGCCGAUAAAACAAGCAACCACAUACAGCUCCUAUACUUAACUUUACUUGACGACUCCUGGAGCGCAUCGCUGAGUAUAGCUGGGGCUCCGCAGCCCUAGGAUACUUGUACAGGAGGCUAUGUGGUGCUGCCCAUAAGUACGUCAAGGAGAUUCCAGGACCAUCAGUCAUACUACAGUUGUGAGUGUGGGAGCAUAUUCUUAUCGGCCAACCUUACAGAAGCGUUGGUCGUGGUGAUGCUGCUCCUCCGCAACAACCCCCACCAGAUGUUGCAUAUGGGUCACGGUGGAAUUUCGCACGCCAAACACGCAAACACACCGGGACCGGUCUAGGAUUCUAUCGAGAUCAGUUAGACCUGCUGCGACCCAACCAGUUUUUGUGGGACCCCAUGUCAAAGCCUACGCAGCUGCUCCUAAGCACUCGGAGAUUCAGUCAGGUGCAUAGAGGGCUUCUGUGCCACUCAUAUGCUUUGACAUUGUCGACGUACAUCUACCAGAGCGCUAACUGUGCCAAUAUGGGUUGGUACAAGGCAUUCCAUCGCCUUGCGACAGUAAACCCGAGUUGCACCUGAUUUCGCGCAAGAAUUAGGGUACGGCGAAUUGGAUGGAGAUCAACUGGCGCCAUAUCGCUCGUUGUGAUUGUAGACUUGAGCUGCCGGCCCAAGGUGCAUCGAUCGAUGUUCAUGGCGCACCUACUACAUCGAACUACAUGCGCCUACAAAUGAUCCAAUUUGCACAAAGUGCGGCAGCAGUGAUGCGGUAUAGCCAUGAGGAGCCGGUGAGGGAGAUUGCGCAAGGCAUGUUCGUCGGCACGCAAUUUCAGCACUUCAUACCGGAAAUCGCUGUGGAGUCCUCACCGGCUACCGCCGAUGCGUACAUCUCAUCUCCUGCUUUUGACUAUCAUUUAGAGGAGAUGGACCUUUCAUACCCCGUUGACGUUGCAGGGACCUCGCAGGCUGGGCCAUCCCAGCCAUCACAGCCAUCACAGUCCCAAUCCCCUCCUCUUCCAGAGCGAUAUACGAACGCCUCUUACUAUCGUAGGAGACCAACUCAGUUGGAUAGGGUAGAUGAGGGUCAUGAGCGUUAACGUUUCGUUUUUGUGUAUUUGGAUUGACUAUAUAUAUAUAACGCCUAAAACAUACAUUGACUUGUAAUAACUUAUUCUAAUGUCUCUAAUGCAAAUAAAACAAAUAACAACUCAAUAAUUAGGAAAAAAAUAAAAGUAAAGUAGAUGUUCGUAGUUAGGUCAAAAAAAAGUCAACAGCUGUUCGCAGUUAGUAACUGCGAAUAGCUACUUUACUUUUUUUAGACCUAUUUGCAGUUACUAACUGCGAAUAGC